AUGGUGCCCCCGUCAAAGAAGCGCAAGCUUCCAACCGCAACCGGUCCCGCCUCGAAACGAUCCAAGAACAUCCCCAAAUCAACAAACUCCAAGAAGAAGAGCGCAAAAGAACCGCGCCGAACCGUCGACGCUACAGCGCUUGCUUGGGCAUCGGUGGGGGAGGACUUUGGAGGACUCGAGGUCAUUGAGGGCGUGGACGUUGUCAAGGAUGGUAGCCGAGUACAAUUCUUGGUGGCUGGCGAGAACAACAACAUAGUCGACCCGCAACAAGAAUUUGUAGAUGGCGAUCAAUCUUUUGAAGGGUUUGGCGACAACUCUGUGGAGGUCGGGGAUAUCGAUUCCGGCGAAACUGGCAGUGGUCAAGCUGGCGCUCAGAGCGAGAAACCUCAAGGGAAGAAUAAAGGCAAGACUGGGACAAAAGAAGGGCAAGCGAAACCAGAGCAAGAAAAGAGCAAGAAGCAACAAAAACAAGACAAAAACAAGAACAAACUGGAUGGGAAGAACGGUGCCAACAACAACAAAAGCCAAGACGAGCAGCUGGUCAAGGCCUCAAAAGUCGUACAAAAGUCCUCUGCACGCGGGGGGAACACGUUCGGCGCGCUGGCCGAUGGGAACGAACUCGCAGACCAAGAAGAACUCGACAUGGCGGCCUGGGUUCCUCUAAACCUAUCGCCUCAGAUUAUUUCAGCCAUCGCCAGACUUAAGUUUACCAAGCCGACCAAGAUCCAGCAGAAGACCAUUCCUGAAAUUGUUUCCGGCGGGGACGUUAUUGGCAAGGCGCAAACAGGUUCCGGAAAGACACUUGCAUUUGGUAUCCCUAUGGUUGAGAGGUGGCUAGAGUUGCAGGAGCAGGGCGUCAAGAGGACUGGCCCCAUGGCUGUGGUGCUUUCUCCUACACGAGAGUUGGCCAAGCAGUUGGGAGACCAUCUUAAGGCUCUCUGCGAAGGUCUUCCUAGCUCACCGUAUGUGUGUGUUGUGACUGGUGGUCUCAGUAUUCAGAAGCAGCAGCGACAGCUCGAGAAGGCUGAUAUUGUUAUCGGUACCCCUGGUCGUCUAUGGGAAGUCCUUAGUGGAGACAGAGCGCUGCAAAGCAAGUUCGCCAAGAUCAAGUUCCUUGUUGUUGAUGAGGCGGAUCGACUGUUCAAGGUCGGCCAAUUCAAGGAGGCCGAAGAUAUUAUUGGUGCUCUUGAUGGAAAGAGCCCUGGUGAUGAUGCUGAAAGCUCAGAAGAGGAGGACGAGGACGGAGAUGAUGACGAAGACAAAGGACGACAGACUCUGGUCUUCUCAGCUACUUUUGACAAGGACCUUCAGACUAAGCUGGCUGGCAAGGGCAAAUCCACAGGAAGCGAUGACGAGAAGAUGGCGUAUCUGAUGAAGUGUCUCAAAUUCAGGGGUGAGCCCAAGUUCAUCGACGUCGACCCAGUCAGUCAGAUGGCCUCAGGCCUGAAGGAGGGACUGAUUGAGUGUGGUGCCAUGGAAAAGGAUCUUUACCUUUACAGUGUGCUUCUUCUCAACCCUGACCGCCGUACUCUUGUUUUCACCAAUUCUAUCUCUGCUGUUCGCCGUCUUACACCCCUACUUGCAAACCUUAACCUUACUGCUCUGCCCUUGCACUCCCAGAUGGCUCAAAAGGCGCGUCAUCGCUCCCUCGAGCGCUUUACUGCCGCUCGCAACUCUAUUCUCAUUGCCACCGAUGUUGCUGCUCGUGGUCUUGAUAUCAAGCAGGUUGACCAAGUUUUGCAUUAUCACGUUCCCCGAUCUGCGGAUACUUAUAUCCAUCGAUCUGGUCGUACAGCCCGUGGCGAGUCUAGUGGUAUCAGUGUGAUUCUCUGCUCGCCCGAUGAGGUUCUCCCAACACGCCGCCUCGCCGCCAAGGUACAUGCCAAGCGUAGUGCCGGCACUAAGAGGGAGCAUUUUAUUCAGACUCUUCUCAUCGACCACAAGAUGGUUUCGCGCCUCAAGCCUCGCGUGACACUUGCAAAGAAGAUUGCGGAUACAAUUCUUGCCAAGGAGAAGGCACACAGCGACGACACGUGGCUGCGAAACGCAGCUGAUGAGCUCGGAGUGGAAUAUGACUCGGAGGACCUCGAUGCUGUCAAUGCAAGCGGAGGAAUUGGCAGCCGUGGCGGUGGACGAAGAAGAAAGGAGCAGGAGGCCAAGGGACUCACCAAGGCUGAGAUGGGUGCCUUGAAGGCGCAGCUAAGAGAAGAGUUGAGCAGGAGAGUGAACUUGGGUGUUAGUGAGAGGUAUAUCACGGGCGGAAGAGUGGAUAUUGCUGCUCUGUUGAAGGAGGGCCAGAACGGUGGUAUCUUCCUGGGUAACACUGAUGGGUUGGGAUUUGACCUGUAG